AUGUUUACCAGACUUGGUAGAUUUGCUGGUGUCCAGCGGUCUUUUCAUACCUAUUCUGCAAGGAAGUCCAGUGUUUCCUCUCUAAACCAAGUUGUCAAGAAAGAAAUACUAGAGAGGGAGAAUGUCUCUGAGGAGCAUGUAUUAAACAUGUUAAGAACCUGCUCGAUAAUGAAAGGAAAGAUCUCACAGGGAGAGCAAAUUGAUAGUCUGAUAGAAAAGAUAUUUGAUGCUCCUAAUGUGAAGAUCACUCCAAAUAUACUAAGAAAAUUCUGGUUGACCAAACCGUCCUUUGCUAAUAUUGAAUGUUCCAUACAAAGCUACUACGACAAGAACAAAGAUUUGAGUAUCAACAGAGAAGACGCUAUGAUACCGUUUCGGCAGUUUCUUUGGGACGGAGAGGUAGACAAAGCUCUGAAGAUUGUAGACCUGACGACUGCUCAUUCAAGAUAUAUUAGUACGCAAAAGUCGAAGAUGAGAUCGUAUUUGAUUAGAUACGCUGGAUCAUGUUUCGGGCUCAUUGGUGCCAUUGAGGUUCUUACUAGGAUAUUCUUUGCUGAUGUGGGCAGUCUGGGAAAAGUCUACGCCAUGGUUCUCGCUUACAUUGGAAACACAUCUUUUCUGGCAUCACUCGCAUUUACUGGAAAGAAUAUCAGCCAAGACACAGGGCCAUUGAGAUGGAGGCCAGGUACUUUACAGAAUUAUUGGUAUCAGCAUAAUGAUGAGCUAAUGAUGUGUUCCAAAGUCUUGGAAGUGGAUGCAGAAAUCCAUGGGAGUGAAGGCUUCGCAACUAAAGAGAUAAUUCAAAACUUUUUUGACAGAAAGAUGAUUCCCAAUGAACCUGAGCAAGAGAUCAUGAUGCAACAGUAUUGGCUGGGUGGAGGUGAUGGAUUCGAGUGGGUAGAACCCGAUCAAGAUCCCCUAGACUUCUUAUGGAAACAACACUUAGAGAAACUCAAAGGUCAGGCUCUUCCUAAAGCUGAACAAAAACUUUCAAUUGGGUGA